AUGUGCGGAAUUUUCGCUUACCUAAACUUCCUGACGCCGAAGACUCGCGCCGAGAUCAUCGACAUUUUGAUCACGGGUCUUCAGAGAAUGGAAUACAGAGGCUACGACUCUGCAGGUAAUUAGUGUUAAUAUUUGAAUUAUGUACCUUUUGUUGCAUUCGUUAAAAUAGUUUAUGUUAGAUUUUUAGAUUUAUUUCUCUUCACGAUUUGAAAUUUUUAGAUUUUAAAAUUUUUAAAAAUUUUUAGAAUUUUUUUAGUGGACUUUCAUAGAUAAUUCUAAAAAAACUUCGGAAAACUGCUUGUGCAAAAAAAUAUUUUUGAAAUUUAACCGCUCAUUUGAUCAUCCUUAAAUUUUUGAUAAGAUACAAUUUUUUUCAGAAAUGUUUUUGUAUCAUAAGCUUUUGCGUCGAUUGUAAAGCGCAAAAAGCUGUAAAAAAAUAGCUAUUGGAAAAUGUCUUCUCUAUGUUUUUCUGAAGAUCUCAUAGUUCGGGAUUCCUAUGCUUUGAAUUAAAUAAUUUUUAUUGUGGUUGAGUAAGUAUUUUCAAGAGUUGGAAAGAAUGUGAGUUGAGUUGAAUGUUUCCAGGUAUUGCGAUCGACGGCUCGAGCGAAGUCGACUCUCCACACUCGAGCGUCCUUCUUCUGCGCAAGGCGGGCAAAGUCUCGGUGCUCGCCGAUUCCGUCAAAGGUGCUCUUUCUGGCGUUUUGUUGGUUUGAAAGUGAAUUGUUAGAUGUGGAAGGCGUCAAGAUGGACAUGCAGUACAACAUCCACUGCGGAAUCGCUCACACCCGUUGGGCGACCCACGGAUCCCCGAAAGACGUCAACAGCCAUCCCCAGAGGAGCAGCGAGAACAAUGGCAAGUUCUUUUCCGUUUUUCACAACUUUUUUUUCGCACCUCCGAGGUUCCGAAAGAUGUGGAUUUCAGACUUCAUGGUUGUCCAUAACGGAAUCAUCACCAACUACCGGGAAAUCAAGGAGUACUUGCUCAAAAAAGGACACACUUUCGAGGUUUUUCCUUCUUUUUCAUCACAUCAACCAGCUGAUUAAAAGAUACUUUUUACUUUGUGCGUGGCGGGUAAAAGUGAAACUCCAAGCUAGUGCUAAUCAACGAAAUUGUUCUAAAUGUGUUUAGAAAUUCGUUGUUUUUUCAACUAACCAUUCAUUUGAAAGAAUCCAGUUAAUCUCUGAAAUCUUGAAAAAAUACUCCGAAAGGAAAAAUAUUUCAAGUCGGAUUAUAAUGAAACAUUAGUUUCGGUUUCACGCAUGAAAUAUUUGCAGUCGGAAACUGACACGGAAGUGAUCGCCAAGCUGACUCAGCACAUCCACGACCGCUACCCCGAACUUUCUUUCCGGCAACUUGUCGAAACUGUCAUCCAGCAACUGGUAAGUUUCUCUUUUUCCCAUCUGUUGAAAAAAAAACUAAAAACUUGGUUAACACUGUCGAACUGUUUUUCCAGAAACUUGUGUACUGUAAGAGCUGAAUGUUCCAUGUUGUGCGGAAAAAGAACGGUAGAAAUACUAUCUUUUCAUUUUGCCGAUCGCUUAGAGACCUUUCGUUUGUGAAAAAUUGCCUUAUUUAUAACAUUAUCUGGGCGAGCUCUCAAUUGGUUAAAUCAAAAUGUUGGUUUCCUCUGUUGAUGAACGGGUCUGCAGGAAGGAGCCUUCGCGUUGGCCUUCAAGUCGCUGCGGUUCCCUGGACAGUUGGUGGCGACUCGACGCGGAUCUCCGCUUCUCGUCGGAAUCAAGAGCAACAGCCGACUAGAGAGCAACCAUUUCCCCGUCUCCUUCUCCAAAGGUGAGUCCUUUUCCGGCGCGGUUUUCCUCAGACCAAGGGCGAUUUCUGUUGUAGAAGCAGGCUGGCAGUGGGGUGAUGAGCGACAAAACGAGACCGGUAUUCGUUGUGUUAUUAAUUUUUGGUUUUGGGCUUGGUGUGCUUCUUUCUGAAUGGGGUCGCGUACUGAUGAAAAGUUUCAACCAUGAAAAGUUUACAGUUCUCGAAAUUUCAACCGCAAAUUGGUUCAAAAGGAAGUUUUUUUGGAAAAAAAAAUUUGAUUUUGACUGAAAAUCUCUAGCAAAUACUUUUUUUACUAUGAACCAAAUAACCGCAACUCAUUUACGGACUGUAAUCGUUCAUGUGUAUCCUUCUUUGCAUGGCAGAUGAUUUUGGCUUCAUCUAACUUCUUUUUUAAAUCAUUAACUUUUACCAACUCUCAUAAGUUUUUUUCAUGAGAAAUUUGAAGAUUUAACUCAAAGAUGUAUGGCUGUGGUGUUUUGUUCGCUUCAAACUUUUUUUUUUCUCCCCCGUAUCCGCAUUUUUCACUCUAACGUUUUAGGCUCGAAGAUUCAAAAAUUUAGAAUCAGAUCGCGUUCUCUCACAAAACUUUCGCCUUGAAAAUAAGAAAAAGCUCAAGAAAAAGUUUUUCAACACAUCAUUCAACUUUACUGUAACCUAUUCUAGUAUGACUCGUCUACACUCUCUUUUCCCUCAUCAUGGAAAAAUAAGCCGUACUUAUAAAAAAGAACGUAGAAGAGAGUGAAGAGAGCGGAGACAGGCCUUGCUGUUUCCAGCGUUGGAAAAGGAGAUUUUUCAACGUUUCUAGUUACAGUGUUUCCCAACUUUGUCUGAUACUAACGUUCAAACUGGUGGCAAAGUUGUUUUCUCCGCGAGUUAUCACUAACCUGCACUUCGAUUUCUACUGGAUAUCCUCAAAAAUCAAAAGUUUUCAGGGCGUCGGUUCGUGUCGACCCACGCCACUCACAGUAAGAAUCGACUUUGUUUCUGCGUCUAUAAGAGUUCUUUUUGCAGUUCGACAGGAAGAUUCCUCUUUCGUGCAGACGCCAAACAACGUCCUCGAUCUGUCCAUAGGUAAUAAUGUUGGGAACUUGUGUCCGUACUUGUUUCGUCGUGAAUUUCUUGUGUGUUUGUAAGAAGUGGAAGAAGGGGUCGUGCCGCGCUUUUCGCUCCUUUCGCCAGAGCCGGUGGCCGACAAUCAACGACGCUUUUCAGCCUUCCUCGCGUCCCUUCAUGUAGAGAACGGUGAAUUGGACUGCCGAUCGUCUCUAACAAUUCUUCCUCUUCGUCCAACUUUUAAUGUUUUCUUUUACAAUUCUGCAUGUUUGCCUUUCCGUUGUUUGUGUGUGUGUGUGUGUGUGUGUGUAUGCUGUACAAGCAUGUCUCAGCGAGAGCAUAGUUGAAAAGAUAUUUCGAAAAUAUUUUUCCAUUCAAAAACAUUCUAAAUUACGAGUAUCAAACUUUUUGGGAUUUUUCGGAAUAAAUUGUUUUUUUGUGAAAGCUGUUUCGCGAAUUUCAAGUCAAAAUUUGCGUCUCUAUUUUGCAAUUCAUUCAGAUUCUAAUAGCAUCUUUUCAACUUUGCUCGAAAAGUAACUGAAAUCGUUUCAAUUUCGUUUAGGAGUCCGCUCGCAGAUCGGCUCAGCAAAACUCAACCUGAAUGAAAGUAACAACGGAAUCCAGUCAUUCGAAUCGAACGAUUGGGAGGUUCAUAAACAUGCAAGUAUCUGUCGAACCUUUCAACGCUUCAGGUCGAGUACUUCGUUGCUUCUGACGCGUCUGCCAUCAUCGAACACACCAAACAAGUGCUCUUCUUGGAAGACGACGACGUCGCUUUCGUCGAGGACGGUGCUCUUACAAUCCAUCGAAUCAGUCGACACGCUGAGAACGACGAGCAGAAGCGCGAAGUACAGAUGCUGACGAUGGAGCUGCAAGAGAUCAUGAAGGUGAUAAAUGCUACAUGCAAAGUUCACCUCAUCAGCAUCUUCACAGGGCUCUUUCAAAACCUUCAUGCAGAAAGAAAUCUUCGAACAGCCCGACUCUGUAGUAAACACUAUGCGUGGUCGACUCCUUCCUAGUGGAGAGGUCGUCCUUGGCGGCAUCAAGGUUAUUCAAAGUCCCACGAUCCUGGAACUUGAGGAAGUUCAGGAGUUCCUGCCGGACAUCAAGCGGUGUCGCCGACUGAUAAUGGUGGCCUGUGGAACCUCGUUCAACUCGGCGAUCGCUUGUCGGCAGAUCCUCGAGGAGCUGUCCGAGCUGCCGGUCGUCGUGGAACUCGCUUCAGACUUCCUCGACCGUCAGACGCCUAUUUUCCGUGACGACGUCUGCAUCUUCAUCUCGCAGAGCGGAGAGACGGCCGACACCCUCAUGGCCUUGCGGUUCUUUUUUUUUUUUGAAUAGUAGGCAAAAACUAAAAAGCUUCUUUUUUUGGCUUGAAAAAAUUCUGAUGCCUUGUCACAAUCAAAACCUCACAUGGGGAGGGAUUUUCAGUGUGAAGUUUGUAAUUUUCUGUAGUUUUGCUGAAUUACUCCCAGUUUACUCCCUCGUUUGAGUUGUUUGAGCGAAAUUAAGGAGAAUUAUAAAAUUCUCACUAAAAUUGCCCCCCGUGUCGGUUUUGUUUGAUUUGUUUUAAUUUGAAACCCAAUAAGCAGAAAUUUGGAAAACUGAGGAUAUUCAAACAGAAACAACGAAAACUUUUGAGAUAUACGGCAUAAACUUUCGAUAUAUUCACGAACCUUUUUCAAAAUUUCAUCGGGGACUUCUGUGAUACCCAGUAUCAACUUUCCCUUUUUCAGGUACUGCAAGCCGAGAGGAGCGCUGACCAUCGGCGUGACCAACACGGUGGGCUCUUCGAUCUGCCGCGAAUCUCACUGCGGAAUCCACAUCAAUGCAGGACCUGAAAUCGGAGUCGCUUCCACCAAGGCGUACACCUCUCAAAUCAUCGCCCUGCUCAUGUUCGCGUUGACGCUUUCCGAGGACCGCAUCUCGAUGAUGAAGCGGCGCGAAGAGAUCAUCGACGCUCUGAACAAGUUGCCGGAGUUGAUCCGCGACGUGCUGAAACUCGACGACGAGACUCGCACCAUCGCCUCGAAGCUCUACAAGGAAAAGUCGCUUCUGGUGAUGGGUCGAGGUUUCAAUUUCGCCACGUGUCUUGAAGGAGCCCUGAAGAUCAAAGUGAAUCUUGAUCAAAUUCGAAUUUCGAUUUUUGAUUUUCAGGAACUUUCCUACAUGCACUGCGAAGGAAUCUUGUCUGGCGAACUGAAACACGGUCCAUUGGCCAUGGUCGACGAGAACCUGCCCAUCUGCAUGGUCAUCUGCAGAGAUCACGUCUACAAAGUACGCCGAAGUGACUGGAGACCUCUAACCGUCCCCGAUUGUAGAAGUCCCUGAACGCCUUGCAACAAGUUGUCGCCAGACACGGGGCUCCGAUCAUCAUCGCAGACACGAGUGUCCCUCAAGAGGACCUGGCCGGCAUGAAGCACGUCCUGCGUGUUCCGAAGACGGUCGACUGCGUCCAGAACAUCCUGACCGUCAUUCCUCUCCAGCUCAUGUCCUAUCACAUCGCCGAGCUCAACGGACAGAACGUUGGUUUUUUUUUUGUUGGCUUUUUUGCGUAGGAAAAACACUGUUUUCCAAUCCAUCUGCUGAUUUAGUUCACUCAACAGAUUUCAUUAUUGAAAACGAUUUUCCAGGUGGACCGCCCUCGUAACUUGGCCAAAUCAGUCACCGUCGAAUAA